CCUGUUUGGUGACCGGCUCAAGCGUGGCCCAAGAAGUGUCUUUCGAGUGGGGUCUGACUGUAUCUGAAAGCCCUUGAACCCUCACACGAACAUGCUGAUCAGGCGAAGGGACUGUUGAGACGGGUCACAAAUCAGACGGAGGCCAAAUCAGGGACACAACACGGAGUGAAAACCACACGCAGAAUGCAAGUCAAGAGAACAGACAAAGUCAUGGUCGACCAAAGGAACACGAUUUCUUCGGACGCCAGCACAAGUACUGGUGCCGUCACCGAGGCUGCGAGAGCUCGCCAAACCCGCCCUGCCUCACAACCUUCUAACCCUUCUGGAACCAGUACCAGUACCAACGGAGUAUCAUUGAGCGCCGGUGGCUCUAGAAACUCCCCCGAAAUGUACGAAGAUGACUCGCUGGACCUAUCCCAGCACGAUCAUGCCUCUCCUUCGGAAAGCGUAAAGUCCUCGGCCCACGGCCCGUUAAAAUCAGAAUCCGAAGACACACCCGGUGACGCAACUGGGCAUGCCUCGUCCGAACCCCCGACUCUGCCGGUACAGAAACGCCGCAGAGUCACGAGAGCCUGCGAUGAGUGCCGCAGGAAGAAGAUCAAGUGCGACGGCAAGCAGCCAUGCUCACACUGUUCAAUCUAUAGCUAUGACUGUACAUAUGACAAGCCGUCUAACCGACGCAGAAAUCCUGCGCCACAGUACAUUGAGGCACUCGAGAGCCGACUUCAGCGUGCCGAGUCUUUGCUGCGCAAGUUCGUCCCGGACAUAGACCUGGCCGACCCUAAUCUCGACCCGGCAAUCCAGCAAGAGUUUCGGGCUAGGGAACAGGCAAGAGCGCGGGCUGCCAAACUGAAAGGCGAAGCCGCCCCAAAAGAACCCGAGGCCCAGGAUGCACAAAUCAUGUCCAUGAUCGAUGCAAUUGGGCAACUCGACAUGAAGGAGGACGGCGAGUGCGACUUUCGCGGCAUCUCUUCCGGCGCUGUUUUCUUCGGACGCAUGAAGGAGCACUUCAAGGGCCUACUAAGCAACGAACACAGCAUUCCGUUUCUAUUCCGAAAAGCUGAGAAGACCGGCCUCUUCAGUCUCAAUUCCCCCCAAACCACGGCUGGAUCACCUUGGGAAGCGUCAUCUGUACCAAAUGUCUACGAACUACCCCCCCUAACCAAGGUCCAAACUCUGUGCUAUUACGCAUUCAGCUGCGCUACUUGCCUACUCCGGGUUGUGCACAAGCCGACGUUCUACGAAUCGCUCGACAGGUUAUACGAGAAACCCCAAGAUAGUUGGGGAAUCGAAGAACAUAGAUUUUUGGGUCUGUUGUAUGCUGUCAUGGCGCUCGGAACCAUGUACAACAUUGACGAGAACCCGGGAAAUCCUACGACUCAUCAGGCGGCAAUGGAGGAAGGGAUCAAAUACUACACAUCUGCACGAUUGCUACUGCAAGACAUCGCUGAAUGCCGAGACAUGACCUCGCUCCAGGGGCUUGUCUUCAUGAUUCUCUUCUUACAAGCUUCAUCGAAUAUGAGCGCCUGUUAUGCUUUCUUGGGAAUCGCCUUGCGCUCUUGUAUUCGCAUGGGGCUUCAUCGUCACUUGCGGCAUGCCAGGCUUACCCCUAUCGAAGAACAAACUAGGCGGAGGGUGUUCCACGUAGUGCGACAGAUCGAUAUAUACGUUUCAGCUAUUCUUGGGUUCCCGGUUUUACUCCACGCUGACGAUAUCGACCAACCACUGCCGACGGAGGUGGACGACAAGUAUAUAACAAAAGAUGCGAUACUCACGCCGGAUCCGGACGAACGCCCAUCCUUUCUCCAGGCAUUCAAUGCCCAUCAUAGGCUGAUGGGUAUUUUGGCCCGACUUAUCAAGUUCAUUUAUCCAGUCAAGGGCGUGGAAGAUUGUGCUCUGAAAAGCGAUAACGAAAUGGCCACCUACACUAUCAGUUAUGCGCGAAUCAAAGAGAUUGAGCGACAACUACACGAGUGGUUUGACCAAUUACCGCGGUAUUGGCGGCCUGGUCCCGACGACGACGAUAUAGAGGUGAUUCGUGUUCGAACCCUCUUGCGCUUCGCAUAUGGCCACGUGCAAAUGAUGCUGUACAGGCCGUUCUUGCAUUAUGUCUCCGCUCGCAUGACAGCAGGCAAGAGAAUCGACGACCGAUACUACAACUGUGCUGCCGCUGGGAUCAGUGUGUCUCGCAACAUUGUCCACAUUGGCUUGGAGAUUCAGAAACAAGCCCACCUGAUCGGGCCGUACUGGUUCCUUCUUUAUACGCAGUUCUUCGCAAUCCUCUCUCUGGUCUACUACGUUCUAGAAAAUCCAGACAAGACAGGGUCCGCCGAGAUCCUUGCGGAUGCCAAAGCCGGUAGGGAUGUGAUAGCUAAUCUGACCCAGAGAAGCUUGGCAGCAGAUCGGGUAACGACCGCCUUGAACACACUCUUCGACCAGCUGCCAGAGCAACUCAAGAACGGUACUCACCGACCUGCACCAACAAAGAAGAGGUCAUACGCCCCUGGAUCCAAGGCGGGCAGCAACUCCAUCUCUAGCCAUGCUCAGGCUAUACUACACGAUACCUUGCCUCAGCGGAGAUCCGAUGAAAUUGUCCGUCCACAAAGCGGCCCCGUUCGAAGAGAGACCCAUCACCGCCAUCCCCAGCGAACAACCUCAUUCGACACUGUGGCACUUCACCAACCUGGCAUGCCUGGUCACCACUUUGCGACGCAGGUUACGGCUUUUCAAGACCUGCUGCCACUAGACAUGAGCAGUAUGACGGGCUCUGACACAAGCUCGAACCCUGGAGCGCCGCCAGUCAUGCACAGACAACAGCAUCAUCGCCAACAGAGUGGCUUCCAACAAGCCCAAACACCUACAACCGGGGCGCUCUAUAAGCUGGACGCCAUGAUGUUUCCCUCUGGGGACCCUUUCGCCUAUCCCACGCCAUUGCUCGACCAAACAGGAGGAGGAGGGCAUCACGCAGUAUCUGGCCAGCCACCACCACCCAUCUCCGCCGGAUCUGUGGGACCAACGCCCGGGGCCGCCGGACCAGACAACAUGCAGCUUUACAUGUCCGGCUUCUACGACGACGGCAGUAUUGAAGGACAAGUACUGGGCCCAGUAGCGCCCUACCUGAUGCAACACGGCGGGCCCGAGCCGCCGCACGCUGGGGUUUUGGAUCCUGCUGCGCAGAUGUCCUACACAACAAUGCUGAACUUGCAACUCCAGCAUCAACAACGGCAACAGCAGCAACAGCAGCAACAGCAACACGGGCAAGAUGGAAGACCGGGGUCGGGACCAGGGCGGGGACAACAACAACAACAACAUCCCAGUAUGCAUCAGCGACAUGCAAAUCAAUCACAUCAACAUCAGCACCCGGGACUUCAUCAGCAGCAGCGACACCAGCAGAGCGAUAUGAUGGAGGGAAUUUUUAGGGGCGAAUGGGAGGAUAUCCUUGGGGGUGGAGGGGCGCCGCCAGGGGCUGGGGGAUACCGAUGAUUCAAACACAAGGAACAUAGGGGCGGCCUGGUCGGUGGACGACAUGAAUGAAGAAUUGGGCUACGUCCAGGAUUCUAACUUGGUGAUAACUUGGCUGCGUUGAA